UAGCAACGUUAUUUUGUAGUACUGCUUGGUUGCAGUACGGAAAUGCGGCCCGCUUCCAUCAGCAUGGUAGCUACCACAGUGCUAACUUUACGAUAUUUAGUUUUACUUUUUCGAUUAUUCAUUUUCAUGCCGUUUUUUUCUUUCGGUCUUGCCCGAAUGUGCUUGCGCUAUUAUAUGUGCGCGAUGUUAUCCAUUCACCGUUUGCCUCCCUGACCCGGAUGUUGUUUUAGCGAUCAGCGAACGGCGUGGGUGAUGUUAGAUUUUUUUUUCCUGUGGGCGUGCGCCCCUACUGGAAAGAUUCCUGGCUACGCCUCUGAUUCCGCGGAAUUUCCGCUGCAUCAAAUAAACACGCAACUUAUGUGAUAAAUUGUUAACCUUAGCUACACUACAACCGACACGACGAGAGUGUGUCUGUUCCUACUUAGUCCUGACAGUGGUCGCAGUGUGAUAAUGUCUGCAAGUACCACAGCAACGUACGUGGAGGAAAAGGACAAUAGUCGUCAACGACUGGAAGCUCUUUGGCUGCAGCCUUAUGUUGUAUUGCGCAGAGUAGACAUCAGUGAAUCUAUUCUUGCUAAGCAGCAGGAACCAGAGCACACUCGCAUUAAAGAGGAAGAUGUGGCCAAAGAGGUCCCCCACUUCAGUGAACAAAUGGAGCAGAAGUUUCUUUGCUCUAUAAAAGAGGAGGAAGAGCCGGAGUGGCCUUGUACUAAAGAGGCGGGAGAGGACUCCUGCAACAUUAAAAAGGAGGAGGAGGAAGAUAUCUGCAAGAUGCCAUUGACUGGUGUUCCUGUGAAGCAUUUAGAUGAGGGUCAGCAUGAGGUGAGCAAAGGGGCGGAGCCUCCAAGCUGCAGCUCAAGUCAACAAAUGACCAGAGACGGGGAUGGAGACCACUGUGGGGGAUCACAAGCAGCUCCACCAUCAGAUAAUGAUAGCAGUAGUUUGAAACAACACAUGAGAAUCCACACAAGAAAGAAAAAGUUUUCCCAAAAAUCUGGUCAUAAGGGAAAUCUAACAAUCCAUACAAGAACCCACACUGGUGAGAAAUCUUUUUCAUGCUCAGUUUGUGGCCAAAAAUUUUCUCAGAGGGGAAAUCUAAAAAGUCAUACAAGAAUCCACACUGGCGAGAAACCUUUUUCAUGCUCUGUUUGUGGCAAAAAAUUCUUUCAGAAGCAACAUUUAAAUACGCACAGAAUAAUCCACACUGGCGAGAAACCUUUUUCAUGCUCAGUUUGUGGCCAAACAUUCUCACUGAGGGAUAAUUUAAAAAGACAUACAAGAAUCCACACUGGUGAGAAACCUUUUUCAUGCUCAGUUUGUGGCCAAAGAUUUUCACUGAAGUCACACUUAAAAAGUCAUACAAGAAUCCACACUGGCGAGAAACCUUUUUCAUGCUCAGUUUGUGGCCUAACAUUCUCUCAGAGGGGACAUCUAAAAAGUCAUACAAGAAUCCACACUGGCGAGAAACCUUUUUCAUGCUCAGUUUGUGGCCAAAGAUUUUCACUGAAGUCCCACUUAAAAAGUCAUACAAGAAUCCACACCGGUGAGAAACCUUUUUCAUGCUCAGUUUGUGGCCAAUUAUUCUCUGACAAGGCAACCUUAAAAAGUCAUACAAGAAUCCACACUGGUGAGAAACCUUUUUCAUGCUCUGUUUGUGGCCAGAAAUUCUCUCACAAGGGAAACCUAAUAAGUCAUACAAGAAUCCACACUGGUGAGAAACCUUUUUCAUGCUCAGUUUGUGGCCAAAGAUUUUCACGAAAGCCACUCUUAAAAAGUCAUACAGGAAUCCACACUGGCGAGAAACAUUUUUCAUGCUCAAUUUGUGGCCGAAGAUUUUCACUGAAGUCACACUUAAAAAGUCAUACAAGAAUCCACACUGGCGAGAAACCUUUUUCAUGCUCAGUUUGUGGCCAAACAUUUUCUCAUAGGGAAACUUUAAAAAGUCAUACAAGAAUCCACACUGGUGAGGAACCUUUUUCAUGCUCAGUUUGUGGCCAAAAAUUCUCUCAGAGGGGACAUUUAAAUACGCACAGAAUAAUCCACACUGGUGAGAAACCUUUUUCAUGCUCAGUUUGUGGCCAAAGAUUUUCACUAAAGGAACACUUAAAAAGUCAUACAAGAAUCCACACCGGUGAGAAACCUUUUUCAUGCUCUGUUUGUGGCCAAAAAUUCUCUCACAAGGGAAGCUUAAUCAGGCACACAAGAAUCCACACUGGUGAGAAACCUUUUUCAUGCUCAGUUUGUGGCCAAAAAUUCUCUCAGAGGGGCAGCUUAAUCGGGCACACAAGAAUCCACACUGGCGAGAACCCUGUUGGCUGCUCAGUCAGUUGCCAACGAGUCUCUGUUGAGAAUUCUGAGUGUCUUGGGGAGAUUUGCAGUGAUCCGUGAAGUUCUCACCUUCUAUUUGAGCAGACUUUGAGUUUAUGCAUCAAUGAUAAUUCUAUUCUAGUAUGUACCUUAUGAUUGAGACUCUGAACGCCUUCUCUUUAUUACAGUGAGAAGUUCAUAUUUUAGCUUUAGUCGUGAAUUUGAAAAUAAAGUUAACCGGCCUCGGGACGAUAAUAGUUUUGUAUUUUCUAUUAUACCGUAAUUUUUGGACUAUAAGUCGCACCGGAGUAUAAGUCGCACCAGCCAUAAAAUGCCCAAAAAAGUGAAAAAAAGACAUAUAUAUGUAUAUAAGUUGCUCCUGAGUAUUAGUCGCCCCCCCACCCAAACUAUGAAAAAAAACGCGACUUAUAGUCCGAAAAUUACGGUACUUGUUGUUUAUUUUGGUUUUAGUCGUGUUUUUGUAACUGCAAUUAGUUUUAAUUCCUAUUCCGGGCAAUUUACUUAGUUUUUAUUAGUGUCUGUUUAGGACUUUGUUUUUUUCAGCUUUUCAUGUUCAUGUGGAUCAAUAAAAUGAAAAAAAAAAAAGUGUUGGAUAUCCCCCAUUUUUCUUUUUUGUUACUUUUUCUUGCUACUAACACUUUAAAAUGUACUUGAGCUGCAUA